UACUGAGGAUCGGAGGCUGUGUCCAUUGAUCUUUUUGGGGCUAAAUUGACGAUGUAACCCGUGUCUGUGGUGAUACGAAGACACUUUGAAUGAGACACCCGCUUCAUUUGGUGCACAAACAUCGCACGAAGGUCUUAUGUGCUCCUCGCCGCCUCAUUUGCGACUCGGGCUGCUCAGUGUUGUCGGGGUAGAGUCCGUUCCACUGCAUCAACAUGGGUGUGAUCGGUGUGCAGCUGGUGGUUACCAUGGUAAUGGCCAGUGUAAUUCAAAAAAUAAUACCUCAUUAUUCCUUCGCAAGAUGGCUUCUCUGCAGUGGCAGUCUGCGGUGGUAUCAGCACCCCACGGAAGAUGAGCUCAGGAGCUUAGCGGGGAAACAAAAAGGACAGAAGAGGAAAGACAGGAAGUACAAUGGUCACAUUGACAAUAAGCCACUAACGGUUCCAAAGGACAUAGACUUACAGCUGGAGACGAAAUGCAUCACAGAAGUCGACACGUUAGCAUUGCACUACUUCCCAGAGUUCCAGUGGCUGGUGGAUUUCACAGUAGCGGCAACUGUGGUCUAUCUGAUAACAGAACUCUACUACAGCGUGGCUCAGCCCUCAGGAGAGAUGAACAUCAGUGUGGUCUGGUGCCUGCUCGUACUUGCCUUCGUCAUUAAGACCCUUUUCUCUCUAACGGCCCACUACUUCAAGCUCGAGGAAGGUGGCGAGCGCUCACUCUGUAUUACUUUUGGUUUUUUCUUUUUUGUCAAAGCCAUGGCCAUUCUCAUCGUCACUGAAAACUACCUGGAGUUUGGUCUUGAGACCGGUUUUGCAAACUUCUCUGACAGCGCUCUACAGUUUCUGGAGAACCAGGGUUUAGAGUCCCAGGGUCCUAUAUCUAAACUCACCUUCAAGCUGAUCCUAGCUCUGCUCUGCUCCCUGAUUGGAGCAUUUCUAACUUUCCCUGGUCUACGCUUGGCCCAGAUGCACCUCGAUGCACUCAAUCUCACUACAGCCAAACUUACACAGACUCUGCUUCAUAUCAACUUCCUGUCCCCUCUUAUCAUGGUCCUGCUGUGGGUGAAGCCCAUAACGAAGGACUACCUAAUGAACCCCAAUCUGGGAAAGGAGAAUGUGCCUUUGAUGACUGAGCAGACAUAUGACACGCUGCGGUUAUGGGCCAUCCUGCUGAUGUGUCUGCUCCGGCUCGCUAUGAUGAGACAUCAUUUGCAGGCCUACCUCAACCUGGCCCAGAAGGGUGUGGACCAGAUGAAGAAGGAGGCGGGUCGCAUAAGUACCGUUGACCUGCAGAAGAUGGUUGCGCGUAUUUUUUACUACUUGUGUGUAAUCGCACUACAGUAUGUGGCACCACUGGUGAUACUGCUGCAUACCACUUUGCUGCUAAAAACCUUAGGUGGACACUCCUGGUGGGUCUCAUUUGAAGAAGACCUGCCUUGCACCUACGACAUGAACUCUGACUUGGUGAUGGGGGAGGCGUCAGUAGCCGCCCCAACACCAGCUUCAGUGGUAGAAACAGGAGCCCGGGCGUCAGUAGCCCAGCUGUCGGUGGCUCUGGGAGGCCUGCGGACUGUUUUCAGCCCCUUGCUUUUCCGGGGCCUCUUCUCCUUCUUCACUUGGUGGAUUGCCGCCUGCCUCUUCUCCACCUCCCUCUUCGGUCUCUUCUAUCAUCAGUAUCUUAUGGCGGCAUAGCAUCAGGAACCCAGCAGUGGCAGCCGGCCCCCCGCAGUGCUGCUGUACGUUCAGCCUGAUCAGAAAGGACUGAUUGGGGGAAGCAGAGGCCGAUUGAUGACCCUGCUCGUCAACCUCCUCCCUCCUCCCUCCCUCCCUCCCUUUGACCACCUCUCAAUGACCAUAUCAUCAGAGCUCCUGGUUCAACUUCCAGUGCUUCCUUCACAGAUGACUCUGUGAACUCGUCGUUGUUUUUAAUACUACAAUCACAGUGUUUCAUUUGAAGGGCAAGAUUUAUAAAUUUUAAAAACAGACGGACUAAAGGUACGAGUUGAAUGAAUAUUAUUCCGUGUCAGUGGUGUAUUAGUACUGUCAAGAGAUACUGAUCCAUUCUGUGUAUGAAAUUUGAAUGAUAUGAGGUAUUAUACUUUUAUCUCAGAUGCCAAUUACAAUCCAUCACUGAUCCAUCGACACUUUGUCUUUUACUUUAGAAAACCCCACUCUUAUAGUUUCAUGCAUGAGAGUAACAGUUCGAUUUCAGCCUGUUUUCCCCUUGUAAAUUUAACUGUCAAUGACUUAUAUCACAGACAUAUCCAGGAAAAGCCGGAGUUACUCUGCUUGACUGGAUAAAUGCUGUAAGGUUUAAGUUUUAUUGGCUGGCGGUUAUGCGCACCACCUUGACAUUAAGAGUCAUGGAACCACCUAUAAACCAGUCUGUGUCACAGCCCAUCAGAGUGCUAGCUUCCCUCAGUGAAAACAUUGUGACGACGUGUAGCUCACGGAAUAUCAUAGAAUCUGGAGAGGUGUGUGGAGGCUGGUCUGUGACUUUUAUUCGCCUAAAAUUAUCCUCAAUUAUAUGUUUUCCUUACGUUUUUUUUAGGGGAAACUGAUAACUGCCAUUCUGAGGCCUCAUGUCUGUCUUUUGAGAAAAACCUAAAAAAAAAAUAUUUGUGUUGAAAUUCAGAUGUCAAAAUUCCAUUGCCACGGACCACAAAGCAAUCUGAAAGAGUCUUAAGUGUUUUGCCGGUGUGUU